AUGUGCGUACGUGCGAAACGUGUCAACGGGUUAAACCCUGCAGCGGCGCCGCUGGCUAGCUUGCCAGUACCCACUGGUUGUUGGGAGUCCGUGAACACGGGUUUUGUGUUUGGCCUACUGAAGGAUUCGGAAGGCAACACUGGUAUUGUGGUCUUUGCUGACCGAUUGAGCAAGAUGGCUCACUUAGCGGCUGUGCCGGAUAGCAUCGAUGCUGAAGGUACAGAAAAGCUGUUUAUCGACCGUGUGUUUCGCCAACAUGGCUUGCCGGUGGCAAUUAUCUCUGAUAGAGACCCCCGCUUCACUGGGAAAUUUUGGAAGUCUAUCUUCAAGGUGCUUGGCACUCGGUUGGACAUGUCCACAGCGGAUCAUCCGCAGACCGACGGUCAAACUGAUCGUGUUAACCGCGUCAUCAAUGACAUUUUGCGCAGUGUUUGUGCUGAUACGCCUAGGCGUUCGAGCUCAAUGCUCCCUGUUGUUGAGUUUGCAUUGUAUAACGCUGUGCAUGCCUCAACAGGCUUUACUCCGUUCUAUAUAAACGGUCUCACUCGCUCUCGCGUUCCGUUAACGCUGUCACAACGUGGUUCAGGGCUUGGUGGGGGAGAGGUUGCCGAUCGGCUUGCUGAUAUCAGCCCUGCUACUGUUCAAAAACAGGUAGGCGGAUUCUCGCAAAGCGAUUAA